UUCAGGACAGGUGGCUGGACCAAAAAAGGAAAAGCAACCGCGCAAAACUUUUUUCGCGCAGAAACGUCCUUUAUCAGGGGCGCGCCAAAUCCAUCAUCGCUGCGGACAGGGCGCGCAGCAGGAACAUGAAGCGAAGAGCACUCGUCUCUUUCUGACCAUGAUUAUCCUGGAAGAGGAUGAUGAAUGUACGCCUCUGAAGGGUGACUCGACGACGCCGGUGUCUCCUACUUCACCUUCACAGCUUUCCUCGCCUGAUUCACCGCCUUCGUAUAAUGAAGCGGUUAUUUGUGGCCCUCCCAGUCGUCACCCGUCGUACGAUGCCAUUCCUAUCCCUGAGCAGUUGGAUAUGGAGUCUCUGGACCGAACGGUACCUGAUAAGAGGCGGCGAAGGAGGAAUAGGCGCAAGGUUCAUAUGAUGCUGCUGUUCUUGGCUCUUACGGGGUGUAUUGUAUUCUGGUUAACGUUUGCGAUUUUCUUUCAACCUCGUGGACUUGCUAGAAACCCACCUCCGGGGCCACCUCCAGAUCGCAAGGGUGGUAAACAUCAUGGGCCGCCUUCGGAAGAAGAUGGGUCUCGGGGUCCUCCAGACGGCGACGACGGCUCCCGAGGCGAUGGUCCGCCUCCUGGGGAUGUGGAUGAGGGGGUGAGUCCCCACCAGCUAGAUAUCAUUUCAACUGGAAGACCCAUUUCUCUGUAGCCUCAUGGUGAUGGUCCACCUCCGGACGGUGAUGAUCACGAUGGUUAUAAAGGACCUCGCGGCGUGCGUUGUACCUUCAUACAGCGUCUGUUUCGACCUUACCUUUGCGUAGCCUGCAGAAGACCAUGAAUCUCAACAUAUCUUCCGGAAUAUCAUGAGCCGGUCUUGAAGUUGAAUGCAAAACAUAUGUGAUCGCUUAGAUUGGAGC